AUGUCGCGGUCUCUGAGCACCCACCUCAUCAAGCCCACCGUCCUCCCUCUGCCGCUGUCAUUGGCGGCAGCAAACUCUCCUGCUUCGUAUCGUCGCCCCCUGCGCUCUCUCGCGUUCGCGCCGAUGAGAACCAGUUGCUGCGGAGGGAUCAGGGUCACGGCGGCGAACGGCAGCAGGGACAGCCUCGAUCACCUUCAGAGAGCCACCAACGGCAUGCGCCGGCCUCAGUCUCAUGUUCAGGCUCAGCCCCAGAGAAGAACCGCCCCAGUCGCUCCUAUUGGUUUAUGGGACAGGUUUCCAACAGCAAGGACGGUGCAACAGAUGAUGGAGACGAUGGAGAGGAUGAUGGAGGACCCGUUUGACUACUCGGGCACAUGGCCAUCGCCCCUGGCGAGCGGUGGCGACGGGUACAGCCGAGGGAGGACGCCAUGGGAGAUCAAAGAAGGCGAGAGCGAGUACAAGAUGAGGUUCGACAUGCCCGGGAUGACCAAGGAGGACGUGAGGGUGUGGGUUAAGGAGAAGAUGCUCGUGGUCAAGGCGGAGAAGUCGCCCAAAAGGACCGCAGAGAAUGCCGUGGCGGAGGAAGAGGGAGAGGAGUGGUCCGCGAAGAGCUAUGGGCGGUACAGCAGCCAGAUCGCAUUGCCCGAGAAUGUGGAGUUUGAGAAGAUCAGAGCAGAGGUGAGAGACGGAGUGUUGUACAUAACCAUACCCAAGGCAAAUUCUAGUGGCAAGAUUCUGGAUAUUAAUGUCCGGUGACUCUGAAUGUACUUGUUGUUUAGAAGAAGUUAAAAGUCGUAGGCCUUUCUUAUUGCCACUCCCUUUUAACUGUCUCUGAUCUGCAUAGAAGAUAACAGGCUGCUUCAUCCAAAUUCUUGUGCCUGUGAAAUAUAAUAUAGGCUUAGCAAAGUGCAGAAUCUGAGCUUGGUGGUGACUCAGUUCCAGUGCUGGGUGAUUUAGCUCAUGUGGUACCGGUAUUGAUAAUUUUGAUCUCGCUUAACAACUUGCAUUCAUACUUGUACUUAUACUGAAGAUAAUGAAAAGUAAUCUCUUCCUCGUGCGAGAGGGUUAGUCUA